AUGCUGUCCUUCUCUCGCUCCCAACCUCAGCCGAACCUCUACCCUCAACUCCCCCAAAGCCAACAACCACAGCAGCUAGGAUACUACCCAGCUCAACCGGGAGCGAUGCAGCCUUACGCCCCUGCUGGUCCCUCGCAGCCUAUACAGCUAUAUCAGCCGCCAGCGCAACCGCAGUAUCAACAAGUCCAGCAAUUCCAGCCACCUGCGAAUCAGCUAUACGGGGCCGGCGGGGGUCAGGCCGGGGCAUUGUACGCCAAUCCCGCGGGUGUGCCAUCGGUCUAUCAGCCGGCGGGGCAGAUGGCGGGGGGCCAGCUGCAGCAGGCGCAACAGGGCCCGUCGCAGCAGGGGAUGCAGCUUCAGCAGUCGGGACAAGGAGGGAAUCAGGUGCAGGCGGCGUAUAGACCACCAUACUCGGCGCCGAGCGCGUCGACGUCUCUGAUGCCUCAGCCGCUUGAGAGUGUGGACAAGAGUGAGGAUCCGAUAUACGGGCCACUGGGACGCGCGAGGGGGAAGGUCGAGAGGGCGAUGAGGGCGGACGAGGAGAUCAGCCCGGAUCUGUCGGACAUGCUCAGCGUGCAAGGGGGCGAGCCGUAUACCCAACCGAGCCCGAGUAACGCAUUCCGUCCGCUCAGAAUGAGCAAGACCACUCCUCUGCCUGAUGCGCUACAUCAGGAGCUCAAUUUCAAGCACCUGACGGCCAAAAUGGGUCUCUUCGAGGAGAUUGAGCGGGCCUGGUUCACAGUCGAUAAUAAACUGUUUCUAUGGGACUACACCGACGGACGCGACUUUAGCAGGUAUGAUGAGCAGGCGGAGACUAUACAGUCUGUUGGCUUGGUCAAGGCCCGAAAAGAUGUCUUCGUUGACGACAUCACCCAUGUCCUAAUCAUCUGCACCUCCUCCAAGGCCACCCUCCUCGGCCUCAACCGUACCUCUCCCCGCGAAAUCAACCUCUAUGCCACCCAACUCUCGGUCGACACCCCCACCCCCAUGCUGUCCAUCUCUGGCACCACUUCCGGCCGGAUCUUCAUGCUCGGCCAGAACAAGGACGUGUACGAGCUGGAAUACUCGUCCGAGAGCGGCUGGUUCUUCGGCUCUUCGACCCGCGUGUACCUGCACAAUCGGACGAGCGGGGCUUUGUCCAACUGGGUCCCGUCGAUACUGUCGUCCAGCACCAAGGAAGGCGUUGAGAGCUUCACGGUGGACGCGCAGCAGAAUAGGCUGUUCACACUGCAUACAAAGGGGGAGAUUGAGAUGUUUGAUGUGAGCGGGAGCGGCUGGGUUAGCAGGGGAAGAUAUACGCGCCUGAAGAGCGACGUGAUUGCGAGGGGCCUGGCGGGACAGGCGCCGGCGCACAAGGGGGCGGAGGUGGUUCUCAUUGCGGCGAUAGGUGGGCAGGAAAGUCGGAGGGCUUGUCUUGUUGCAGUGUGCGCAAACGGUACUCGCGUCUACUUCUCCUACUCCUUCUCCUUCCAACCUCUCGCAUUCCGACCUGCCCCCCUCGCAUCUCUCAACCUAUCCUCUCAGUCCUUCUACUCCUCGGGCACCCUCCUCGGUAUACAACACGACAACUCCGGUCCCACUCCGUCUACGCAUCUUACGACAAUCGUACCCAACUUCGGGCGUCAAUCUGUCGCUCGCGAGAACUACCAAGUCUUCGACGCGCCAAGCUACCAGGAGUGGUCUAUCCAGGACACAAUCCCGAGCCAAGUCUGGACAGUUGUGGAGCUUCCAUCUACCAGCCCGGCGUUCUGCUCAUAUACCCAGCGAAAGGGGGAUGGGAUUGCUCUCAACCCACUAUCCCGGCAGGCGGCGAGCGAAGGGCGGCAGUUCUUGAUUUUGGCGACGAGCGGGCUGUUCUCGGCCACUAUGCCCAGGCCGGUGGAUAUGCUGAGUGCGGAGGUCGAGACAGAGAAGGACACGGCUAUCACUAUUGCUCGGAACAACUUUGGUAAUAUCCAAACCGCCGCGAUGGGUAUCCUCCUCGGUGCUUCUCCCGACUUUAAGGGUGCCGACCUAUCUUCAGCCAUAUCUACCAUCCUCCUCUCUUCCGGCGCACCCGAAAUACGCGACACCUCCGCGGGGCGUACCAUCAUUUACUCAGCUCGACACGACGGUCUCGCCCUCAUCCUCUCCCGCUUCCUCCGCCCAAUCUGGACUUCCCGAGUAACCGCACCUGCUGGUCCUGGCCGCCAGACACUCGGCGUCCCGCAAAAGACCCUCCUGGACGUGCAGGCCCGUCUCGAGGGUCUGCGGGGGAACAUCGACGAGUACCCUUUCCCGCGGCAUCAGGCCGAAGGGGACGUCCGGAUUGCGUGGGACCAGGAGGAGCUAAGUCUGCACGGGAUGGGCGUGCUCAUCACGCAAACGAUUGAGGCGAUCAGCUUUGUGCUACUUUUGGCGGACUACAAGCUGGGAGACAUUGUUGCAAAAUGCGAUCCGAACCUCCAAAACACGCUCAGUAGCCUGACCUUCCAGGGCUUGCUUACCUCUACGGACGGACGCGAUAUCGCGAAGAAGCUGGUCACUGCUUUGAUCGAGCAGCAGAUCGGGCAAGAGCUAGGUAUCGACACACUGAGCGAACUCCUACAGCAGCGAUGCGGCUCCUUCUGCCAACCCGGAGAUGUCGUCCUCUACAAAGCAGAAGAAAGCAUUCGCCGAGCCGAAUCCGCACGAGACCCCUCGGAGCGGACAGAUUACCUGAAUGAAUCGCUCCGGCUAUUCUCAAAGGCUGCCGGCAAUGUCUCGAUCCCUAGGCUGCAGGAUGUGGCGAAGAGAUAUCGCUCCUUGGACUUCACCGUCGGUUCAAUCGAGUUGCCCCUUCGAUGUGCAGCAGAGAUGGACCCGCAGGACCGAGCGACCGACUUUGUCCGAGACGGCGAGCACCCCUCAGACCCUCGGAAAGCGCUCUAUACCGCACGGAUGGAGUGCUACGCCUGUGUCAUUGAAGCUCUGGGGCUCUUCGACGAGGCGCUUGACCGGGCGACUGCAGGCGGUAAUCUAGCUGGGGCCACCAUCCAGAGGCGAGAUGAAGCAUACGCACUGGCCAUCGCUAGCGAUGAUGAGCUGUUCCACUUUUACUUGUACGACUGGCAUGUUGCCCGCCAUCUGUCAGAGCAGCUCCUGGAGUUUGACACCCCGUAUAUCGAGAAAUACCUCCAGAUUACCAGCAGUGGAGUCGAAGAGCGGCGCGAUCUGCUGUGGAAAUACUACGCUCGCAGAGAGGAGUAUCUGGCUGCUGCAAAAGCGCUGUUCGAGCUCGCCACACGGAACAAUUCUCUACCCCUCAAUGAUCGCGCUUACUACCUCGCCCAAUCCCUCACCUCGGCCAAGUCUGCGGCGUCCGUCGGGUCUGACGAUGUCGAGUUCGCCUCGAGUCUGCAGGAGCGUAUCGAUGUCGCGCAGGUCCAGAUGGAGGUGGCGCGAGCGAUCGAGGUGCAUGGAGAGAUGACCGACGAGGAGAAGUCGAACGCCCUGGACCGGCUCAAUAGCGAGUUGAUCGGGCUCGACGAGUUGUAUCAAGGCUUCGCUCGGCCAUAUCGGCUAUACGAGCCAAUCCUCCUUAUCCUCAAAACAGCCGAUACGCGUAUCGACGAUGUCUGCGAGGCGGUAUGGCGUCAGCUCCUCCAACACGCGGCGAUGGCGGAUGCGCGGGGUCCAGGGAGGGACGCGAAAGUCGGAGAGGCGGUCAGGGAGUUGAUGAGGCGAUACUUCCCAUCUGAGGCUGCGCCAUUAGACCUGGUGUUGCCCGUCGUCUAUGCCGAAGCUGCGGGUAUUAGGGGCUCUGCGGGCUGGGCGAGCGAGGCGCUGUUGGAUGGUGGUGUACCAUUGCGGGAUCUAUGGGAAGCAGUCAUGAGCCUCUACGAAGAGAGCGACGAUCAGAUGUUCUUCACGGAGGAAGCAGCUGUGUUGGCGGAGAGGUGGACCACUUCAAAGGAGCAGAUCCCGGCGGCCGAGGUAGAGCGGUUCGCAUCGGCGUAUCUUCUUCGAGCAAACGCUGCCGACAUGGAUGAACGGACGAGGCGGACAAGAGAGCGGAUGACGGCUGCGAAGGCGGCUGCGGGGCGGUACUAG